UACAUUAGAGUACCAACUAAACCAGGCCUUUUGUCACGCAAGUGGCAAGCACAUCACAUAUAAUCCUACCCUUCCUCCUGGCUGUCAGUACUUGAGAUGAACCACACACUUCUCUUUCCUCUCUCAGCAUCCACGCAGAGCAGCUUCCCUUAUUCGAGCUAGCUCACAAAACACUGCAGCAAUUCAACAAAGCACAACCAUGAGGAAGGAGAUCAUAAUCCGGAUGCAUGCGAAGUCCGACAAGUGCCAGGCCAAGGCCAUGAAAGUGGCGGCGGCUGUCAGCGGGGUGGAGUCCGUGACGCUGGCCGGCGGCGACAAGAGCCUGCUGCUGGUGAUCGGCACCGGCGUGGACUCGAACAAGCUGGUCAGGAAGCUCAAGAAGAAGGUGGGCCAGGCGGAGAUCGUGGAGCUGCGGACGCACGACACGUUCGAGGCGGCGGCGCUCCCGCUCCCGGGGACCAAGCAGGAGGUGGCGGCGAUGCGGUCGCCGUACAACGGCAGCCACCCCCAGUGGCAGUACAACAGCAGCUACGCCGCGGCGCCCGCCAGCCCCUACGCCUACCACUACUACCCGUCGCCGGUGGGCGCCGUCGCGGGGGGGUUCGGCCACGGCUACGGCUACGGCGGCUACGGGGCCAGGGUCAGCAGCUACUCGCUGGCGGCGGCGCAGAGCCACCCGGGCAACUACUCGCCGCUGGUGGAGAGGCACGACUACCAGUCCAUGGACCACAACUCCUCCUCCAGCAGCAAGCGGAGGCAGAGCAUGGCAGCGGUGCCCCGCCGUGGCGGCGGCAGCAACACCUGCACCAUACUCUAGCAUGCUGCAUGCUCUAUCGCGUACGAAGGUGAUGCGGCCAUGAUCGACAGCGUUGCAGAGGAACUCCCAGCUACUUCUUGAAUCUUGAUGUCUGCUUCGCAUGGAAACCAUGUGUUUUACUCCUCCAUGUGUGGAUUUGCUGUCUGUGGUUUUCUUUGGGCUUGGAUUAGGCAUUUAGGCGUGGAAGGCUGUAAAUUCCUGUAGAUGGUUCUGUCGGAUGGAUUAAAGUUGAGUUAGUCGAUCUGUUAAACAUGUACCAUGUAUAAUCUCAAAAAAAAAACAUGAUCUGUUAAACAUGUACCAUGUAUAAUCUCAAAAAAAAAACAUGUACCAUGUAUGCAUUUAGAAGGUAGCUGUAAAGUUUACCUGUAUAUGAACAUGCCACGAAGAUGUUUCUGUUAGUGUUA